CCUGGCCUUUCUUUUGUCCGUGGUCAUUCUAGGUGGUCUGUCUGUACUCUCUGUGGGUUACUAAUGCCUCCCCUUAUUUCUUUCUAUGUUGGUUCAUCAUAAUUCAUUUAUCUCUCCCCGAUAUAAUUCUUCUUCCCCUCCUUGCCUCUGGCCGUUGUACUAACCGUCGAUCGUCUUUAUAUACAGAAUGUCGGGGAAUUACAACUAUCCUCCCGCCUCUCUUCGUGUACCUCGUGGAAGCCGUGCCGGUGAUAGACCACAGUAUCCUACCGCAAACAGUUUGCAGCAUCUGCGAGAUCUGUUGCAUUCGGAACGUAACCACAGCACUGCCCGCGCUUUAGAGACUCUGAACGAAGAGAUAGAAGAGUAUCGCUCCGGCCGUGUGCGGGACCAGCCAAGCUUCGAAGAGACUGGAGCAACGGUUGAUAGACAGAUACAGCAACAUAUCCCACGCCCAGGCAUGCAGAGAUUACACGCUCUAAAUACUGCUGCGACAGACACCGACUCUAGUACUAGUACUGCCGAUGCUUCUAUAUCCUCUAGCGGACAUUCUACUCGUUCCAGAGGAAGUAACAGGGCAGGUCGAGAAGAAAGGAAUCGAGGCCCCACUUCCAAUCAGCUCAGAGACGAAUCCGCACUCCAUAUCGAAACAGCCACCGGCAUGUCUCAGGAAGCGGAUGGAGGCCGGUGGAGGAUUAAACGUAGAAAGCUCGAAUCAGAUGACAACAGAGAGGGUUUGCAGAGCUUCAGGUACGGACAGUAUGGCCAGGUUGUGUCCGGAGCCCUCAGGAUGGAAUUGGCUAGCUGCGAUGGGGGCACUUAUGAAACUGAUGGUGAAAGCACAUGGCCCGAGAACGUUCUUCGCGAUGACUCUUCUGUUUAUUGUACAAAAUCAGACCGGUGUAAUCUGAUCUUGAAGCAUCGUGGAGAGACCCCGUUCUGCUUGAAAAAGAUCGUGAUUAAGGCUCCCAAGUCUGGCUACGAUGCUCCGAUACAAGAAGGAAUGGUUUUCGUAUCCAUGACUUCCGACGAACUUCUGACCCGUACAGCCCAGUACCAAAUCCAGUAUACAUCUUCUCAACGAAGCCGGCGAAAUCGUCGGAGUGAUAUGCAGCCUUCCCAGGAAUAUCUGAAUGCAUACCGGCAUCCUUUACAGUCUCUGACUGGUCGGGACUCUUAUUCAGAGCCGGAUACCGAUAUCGGUGACCCUAUAGGGCUAAAUGCAGGCACUAUUCCUGACCCAAUGUUGGGGUUUCGGGUUAUCACAGACUAUGAUGAGCGUUCUGAGAACAGUGAUCACGGUGAUCGGGGAUAUGGGAACGAUUUACCAUCCCUUGCGGAUGUGGAGAGACUACAGAUGGACCAGGCGGAGGACGAUUUUCUUUGUUCGGAAAGCGAUGACAGCGAUAGCGAUGAAGAUACAUCCGAGUUAAGCACGUACAACCGCCGACGCCGCGAACUACUCAGGCGCGUGACAUCCAUGCGUCGCCGAUACGUCAUGGAAAGAAGCGGGCAGCCAAGACGACGUCCGGUCCCCAGUAUAAUUCAACCUAUACCACAGUCCUCCCCCUCGGGUCCACACACUGGUUCCGAUACUCAGAAUCCUAAUCUAGAAUUGCUAAAACCCCACGCUCGUUUCUUCAUUGAACGAACCAAGAGCAUGGUCAGCAUUACAUUCGAUCCACCUCCUUCCGGCAGAUACAUUUUGAUUAAGCUAUGGAGCCCCCACAACGGAGGCAACAUUGAUAUACAGAGCAUUAUAGCACAUGGCUACGCUGGGCCAAGGUUCUUCCCUGCCGGAGGUUUCAGGUAGAUAAGCCUCGCGAGCUCUUGUCUGUGACAGAUGCUAGAUAACCGAAAUAUUAUGUGCGCUGAGUCGAGAUUUGAAUGAUAGAGUCUUAUGAAGGAGAUGCCCUAACUUUCCAAGUCAUGGCCACUUCCACCUUCGACUAUAUUCAUGGCCAGCCAUCAUGACUAUAUUCAUUUCAUUCGUACAAGUAGAUUUAUCACGCAGCGUGUACCAUUGGCGUUUUCCUCUCAUCAAAUCACGUUCUACAGAGCUUAUAGUAGCUUAGGUAUUAUGGAUUAACAUGUACUUGUGAGUUCCUCCGGCGCGCAAUUGAAGUGAACCAUGGUGCUUUGCAAUCGAAGGUCAUAUGAUGAGAUAGUGAAAGUAAAUUCGGGAGGCAAUUUAAUUCUCGAGAGCAUAAAUCAUGAACGAUGCACGAAGAGAAUUGAACUGAAGGAAGAUCGCACCCAGUCAAUCAGGUGAAAGACGCCUGGAGUCUUAAUAUGAACAAAAGGCAAGCCAGCCGUCGAAGAGACGCCAGCUAUCCGAGGAGACCAGCGACAGCAAAGAGGAAUAGUGUGAAUUGGAACGAGCAGCUGUCGUUUAGGUAAAUAGGUAGAUAAGCCCUGGCUAAAGUUAUGCGAGAAUGAAGUGGACUCCCAAUUGAAAAAUAAGAAAAAGGCCGCUCUGUCUCUCCUAAUCGGCUGUGUCCAAAUAUGGCCACGAUUCUCUUU